CCAAGCCGAGGGUGCGCCAAAAGAGCUGCUACGUUCGAUGUUAAAGAGCUGCGGUUGAAUUGCCCGAUCUGGCCAUGCUCGGAAGCCCUCCGUUGCGGAACCCUUCCGUGACAUGCUGCCGCCGCCAGCUGCCCACCAUCUUCUCGUCCCUCAUUGCACCUUCAACUCUCUCCUCAACUCUUUCGCCUGACCACCGCCACACGCACUCCUACCCAUUCGAUCUUGUCUGCUUACUCGGUUUCGUGACUCGACCUGAUAUGAGAACGACAAACGGCGUCCAGACAAUCGCCACCACUGCCACUGCUGCCGUCAAACUUCUAUUCCAGACCGACCCGAACAUGGUCACCAGACCCCACAAAGACUUUGCGUCGCUGAAUAGGACCUCUUAGAACUCCAAGGCGUCCCUAUGUACGCGCGCUACCUGACCGCUUUCCUGCAAUCGCGGUCUUCUUAACGUUGCGGGACAGCUCCGAGGCUCGCACAGCACCCAUCCGUCGAUAACAGCCCUCUUUUCGAGCCCUGGCGGGGUCUCCGCCC